AUGGAUUUUACCCCAUUUGUGAUUAGAUGUAAUAAGUAUUCUCAGCUGGCUGAGAUGGUGUUACAAUUCUGUUCCAAUAAUUCAGAUGCAAAUAUUUCAAGAGUAUAUUUUCUGGGCAAUGAAAUUGUAUGCUUCCUUGUUCAGUUUUUCUGUUUAAAUUUAUCAUGUUUAACAGUGAGAAUGUUUCAUUCUUCUCUUUGA